UGAAAUGUACUUUGUUUCUAGAAUUACAUAAAUAAUCUGAAAAAAUCGCACUGUUUUAUUUAAUUUAAAUGUUUUUUUUGUUCUAUGUAUAUUAUGUUUGCUUGAACGUCUCAUAUUGCCCAUUUUGAAUUGGCAUUGAACACGACCUUCGUCAUAUAAACCUUUGGGGAAACUCGUUUAUAAAGUGAUUGUGCAAGUAACAAGAAAGUAGUGCAACCGGCUUCGCAUUUUUUUAUUUAUAAUAUUAUAUAAACAUAUUACAAUGUCGAUUCAAUGGACAUUUAUCGCAGGCUAUCUUUAUUUUGAAAUAGCCAUAGUUACUGUAAUGAUUCUACCAAUAUUUAGCCCUAGAAAAUGGCAUUCCUUUUUUCGUUCUCGAUUGUUCUCCAUGUUUCAACAACAGGCAGGUGUAUAUUUCUAUGUUCUUCUGGGAGUUCUUGCGCUAUUCCUAAUGGAUGCCGUCAGAGAGAUGCGUAAAUAUUCUCACACAACUGAUCAUGUUCAUCUUACUAAUGAAAUGAAAGGUAAUGUUAAAUUAUUUAGAGCACAAAGAAAUUUUUAUAUUACGGGUUUUGCGAUAUUUCUUGCAUUUGUAAUAAGAAGACUUGUGACCAUGAUCAUUAUACAGCAUGAACUUGAGUUAAAGGCUCAAGAAAUAAUAAUGAAGGCUGAAGACACUGUGCAAAUGGCUAAGUCAACUCUUAUUGAAAAUAGAAUUGAAGAUGCUUCAGACAUUGCAGUAUUGACACAUAAGUUUACAUUGACUAAGGCAUUAUUGGAUGAACAAAAGUUAAGAGUUCAAGAAUUAGAGGCAGAAGCUACAAUGUGGCGAUUAAAAUAUGAAGAAAUGCAAGGUCACAAAAAUGGACAAGGUGAUGAAUAAUAUCUCACUGCCAUAACUAAGUGAGAUUACUUAAAGUAAAAGUAAUUAAAUGCCACUAUAAUAACUCUUAUACUAGUGCUAAAGUGAAUUUUUUGUACUGUAAUUUGUAUGUAUUA